GAGCUAAAGCCAGAGCCAGAGCUAGCCCCCUUCCCGUCGCCGGUUUAUGGGCGGAUUAUCUAGGGCCAGUCGCGGUGACGGUGACCCCUGAGGUUGGUGACCCAGACCCAUCGGUUGUCGCGCUUAAAACGGUUAGUGCGCGAUCCGCUCGAGGUAGUUGCAAUUAAGAACUGCAAGCGCAAUGGUCGUCUGGCUGGGACUCUGUCUACUGCUCAUCGUUCUGUCCCUCUAUCUGCUGUACGCGUUCGAGCGCCAGACGAGGAUCGAUCGACUCACCCACAACUGGCCGGCUCCGCCCUCCCUGCCGAUCCUCGGCCAUCUGCACAUUCUGGCCAAGCUCGUGGGGCCGCAUCCCUUCCGGCGCGCCACGGAGCUGGUGAACACCCAUCUGAAGGAUCAUCGCGGCAAGCUAUGGCUGGGCACAAAGCUCUACCUCGUCGACUGCAACCCGAAGGACAUCCAGGCCCUGUGCAGUGCCCAGCAGAUGCUCCAGAAGACCACCGACUACAAGGUGUUCGAGAACUGGCUCUGCGAGGGCCUCUUCACCGCCGACUACGACAAGUGGUUCCAGCGGCGCAAGACCCUCACGCCCGCCUUCAACUACACGAUGAUCAAGCAGUUCGUGCAGGUGUUCGAGCGCCAGUCCCGCAUCCUGCUGCCCCGAGUCGCCGAGUAUGCAGAGUCCGGCAAGUCCGUGGACUUUCUCGAUCUGAUCAGCUGCUAUACCCUGGACGUGAUCUGUGAGACGGCGCUGGGGGUGUCGGUGGACGCCCAGUCCGGCAAGAGAUCGUCCUACCUUGAAGCGGUCCGGGAGGUCCUGCACGUCAUCGACUACCGCCUGAAGAACCUCUUCUACCGCCACUCGUUCAUCUAUCGCAGGACCGCCCUGUUCAGGCGCGAGCAGGAGCUCCUGAAGACCCUGCACGGCUUCACCGAGGGCAUUGUCCAGGAGCGCCAGCACCAGUUCAACCUGGACGAGGUGAAUCGGAAUACCAUGAGCACCAAGGACGCCGAGAUGGACAAGCGGCCGGCCCUCUCCUUCCUGGACACGCUGCUGCAGGCCAAGACGCCGGAGGGGGCGUCGCUGUCGGUGAAGGAAAUCCGCGAGGAGGUCGACACCAUCAUAUUCGGGGGCUUCGAUCUGACGGCCACCGUCCUGAAGUUCGUCAUGUACAACAUGACGCUGCACACGGACCACCAGCAGCAGUGCCGCGAGGAGAUCUGGCAGAUCUGUGGCAAGGACACAAAGGAGCCCAUCACCAUCGAGCAGGUCCAGCAGCUGGAGUUCCUCGAGUGGUGCGUGAAGGAGACGCUGCGCAUGUAUCCCCCGGCCCCGCUCCUGACGCGCAGGGCCACGGCCAACUGCCAGAUCAACGAUUUCUUCAUACCCAAGGGCAACGACGUGGUCAUCUCGCCCAUGUACAUGGGCCGCUGCAAGGACUUCUUCCCCGAGCCGCUCGUCUUCAAGCCCGAGCGCUGGGCCCGCGGCGCCGAGCCCAAGAUCGAGGCCACCACCUUCAUACCCUUCAUGACGGGGGCCCGCAGCUGUCUGGGCCAGCGGUAUGCCAUGGUCAUGAUCAAGAGCGUCAUGGCCCACCUCCUGAGGAGCUACCGCUUCGAGCCGAUCGGCGAGCGACAGGUGAAGAUGAAGCUCAACUUCGUGGUGACCCUGCACACGGUGGAGCCCUACUACUGUCGGGUAAGGGCCAUCGAAUGAACGCCGUGGCCUCUGUUCCUCUGUUCUUCCAGGGAUCUACCUUAGAGUAUAGCAGUACAAGUCUUGAAGUCUUGAGUCUAUUUCUAGGGGUCUGCUGUAAGUUGUAGCCUCGAUAGAGGCAUUCUAUUGGUUGAAAGGAUCCUCCAUUGUAAUUCAAUUCAUUAAAGUAUAUUUAGAAAUGUUCAACAAA